AUGGUCUUUAGAUUCAUUAUUGUACUCUGCCUAUUGGGUUUUGCUACUGCUGGAGAUUAUGAAUAUAACAACCCCAACACAUACAAUGCUGUCAGUAAUCAAGGAGCAAAUUAUGGAUUUGACUAUCGUGCACAACAAUUGGUAGCACCAGCUGCUGCUGUAUAUUAUCCACCAGCUCCAGCCAAAUAUGAAUUUAGCUAUGGUGUACAUGAUGAGACAACUGGUGACAUAAAAUCCCAUUCCGAACAACGUGAUGGCUAUAAUGUGCGUGGUGUUUAUAGUGUUGUCGAUCCUGAUGGAUUUAAACGUGUUGUCUCAUAUACUGCAGAUCAACAUAGUGGUUUUAAUGCUGUUGUUAAUCGUGAACCAGUAGCUAUUAAAAUCGCUACUCCUGUGGUUAAAUUUCAACCAUCAGUAGAAUUGGCUUUUGCUAAUGUACAACAAGUACAAAAUCAACAGCUUUCAUCUAGCCAAGAAGUACCACAAAUUGAUGAAUCCGUACAGACGAUUGAUAGCUAUGCAACGCCACCAGUACAGGAUGGUGAAGGACCAUAUCCUUAA